GCUAAAGAGAGCAGCAGGGCUUGCCGACAUAGAUCUAUUUAAACAGGAAUUGAAGCCUUUUCUGAAAGUCAGAGUAUCAGGCACACCUGCAAAUGUUGAAGUUCAAGAACACAUCAAGUCUCGUAUGUCUGACCUUGGAUGGCAGGUGGAAGAAGAUUCUUUUGUGGACACAACGCCAUACGAAGACAAAAACUUCAACAACAUUAUUGCAACAUACAAUCCCCAAGCCAGGCGGAGACUUGUAUUAGCAUGUCAUUUUGAUUCAAAGUAUUUUCCAAAAGCACACUUUAUUGCCGCAACUGACUCAGCUGUGCCCUGUGCAAUGAUGAUACAUUUGGCUGAUUCACUGAAGGAACUGCUAAAAAAAGGCAGUGGGGAUGGUGCAAAAGAUAUAUCAUUGCAGCUUAUAUUUUUUGAUGGCGAAGAAGCUUUUAAACAUUGGACCAGCACAGACUCGAUUUAUGGUGCUAGGCACUUAGCUGCCAAGUUAGAAAACACCAAAUUCCCUGCAGAAUCCUCAGACAAUUUCAACACAAAUGAAUUGCACAGGAUGGAUGUGAUGGUACUGUUGGACCUGAUAGGAGCCCCAAAUCCAAAAUUUCACAGUUGGUUCCAGAACACACAAAAAUUAUUCGAAAGGUUAAGUAGAAUAGAGUCCGAUUUAAUGAAGGAAGGCCAAAUCCCUACUCAUGACCCUUACUUUUCCAAAACACCUCUCAGUUAUAAUGCUGGCAUAGAGGAUGACCACAUACCAUUUUUAAGAAAGAAUGUGCCAAUUCUCCAUUUGAUCUGCUACCCAUUUCCUAGUGUGUGGCAUAAGCCAUCUGAUGAUGAAAGUGCUCUGGACUACACUACCAUUGAUAACUUAAAUAAAAUACUUCAAGUUUUUGUGAUACAGUACCUACACUUAAAGCCUUAAAACAUGUUUAUUAACACUUGCCAUUGUAUUUAGCUUUAAAGCAUUUAGAAUGUUGGGAAACUGGUUUUUGUAGGUUUAUUUGUCAUGAUAGAAAUGCCAUUACCAAGAAUGAAGUUUUGCCUGUUGGAAUAUUGAUCUGGUCUUUGAAAUGCACUCGCUUAAUUAGUGCACACUGGGCAUCAUAAUACGUUACAAGUACCUCGAACGUUUCACAACAAAGGCAAGAUGUAUAGCCUCUGCUCCUCAUUGAUUUUUAUGUUUUGUGGGUUCAUUCAUACCCAGCUUCUAACUUCCAAGCAAACAUGUCUAUUGUGGCAUCAUAAAGUGUGUGGUUUUCAUGGCAACCAAAUUAGUUUUGUUAGAUCUUGUUGUGUUCAGUCAGAUGUCAUGUCAUUUAGUUCCAAGAAUUCAGUUUCCAAGCAGGUUAAUUUUUUGUUGAAUUGCCGAAAUGCCUAUAAAGUUAAUCAAUAGAAAUCGCAUGUUUCAUCUCUGUUUUGAUGUAGUUUGACAAAUUCUUAUAUCUUCUUACCUUUUGGUUGCCAAGCACAGGUACAGAAACUCAUCUAUGCACGUCACAAUGAAAAGUGAUGACAGGGUAUUUUCAGAUUUUUAAAUGUUUAUAUAUAUCUUUAAGACUACAAGCUUAAUUGGAUGUUUCAUUAUCAUUUUUCUUUCUUUUGAUGAGGGACGUACGUGCAUAGCAGCCUUAUGGUUGUGUUAUAUGUAGCGCUUAGUUGAAAUAUGAAAUGUUGAAAAUAACUCAGUUUUCAUGGAUUUUAGCAGUUUAAAUAUUUUUGGUAGGCUAUCACGAUAAAUACUAAGUACAUAUUGUUAGAGCAUGUUUCUGAAACUACGUUUGAAAGAAAAAUUUGGUCUCUCAAAUUAUUGUUGAGGAAAUAUAUGGCCAUGUAUAGAUUUUUUGUUUCUAAUUGCCAAAUUUCAAAGCAAAAAUUCAGGGACCAUGAAUGUGAUUUGCACAUAAAAAUAUUCAUGUUUAUGUUAGGUAUUAGUAUCUAUGGUUAUCGAUUUGUAAGUAGAAAAUUAUCAGGGCGCCAAAAAAAUUGUGUAUAAUUGUUAUUGAUUUUUAGCAACCAACACCCACAAACGGUCACUUUUAAGAUGGAAGUCGGUUGUUAUUUAUGUAUUUAUUUAUUUAGUUUGUCAAAAUAAAGCGAGUUGUUAUGUAUGAAAACCAUCUGACGAUGUAUGAAAUAUUUUCAAUUGCUAUGGAUUAGCAGAUGCAAAAUUACGCACAAAUCUCCUCAGUAAAGGUGCGUUUCUAGUGAAGGUAACACGACCUAACUCAACAGACCGCCCGAUUACGCUCACCUUGCCACUGGAAGUUCUGGUUUGCCUCUCUGUAGCACGGAUACACGCCAUCAGCGGCAGGACUUCGCUGUCUCAGUUGAAGAGCACAGUUAUAGGAGUUGGCACACCUUUUCUGGAGACAUGACAGAAGAAUUUCGUGCCAAGCGAAACGGAAAGAUUGAUGGAGGAAAUAAUUUUGUUUUGUCAUGCAGAGAAAGCAUCGAAAACGUUAUCAAAAUAAGUGAAUAGAUACCUCGUUCACAACAUCUUAUUUGCUUGUAAGGAUUAGUACCUUGCGGGAAAAACGCCUGUGGGCAAACUUAAGGUUAGGGCUUCAUUAGUAUCAGCGCUUUAAUUUACCAUUCUUAAUUCGAGUUGAUAUUUCAGAAGCAAUGAUUAUGAAUUUAUAGAUUUGUGAAAAAAGCGUGGCAAUGAAAUGCCAUUUUAACAUGUUUUAACUGAGGCUAAAAGCAUUAUUGGUUGUUGUAGAUUGACAGAUGCUGAGCUCAUUUCCUUGCUUUUAAUAAAACAUUUAGUUUUGCAAUACAGUGCUUUUUUUAUCAAUGCAAGUUCAGAAAUGUACGAUUAAGGAUUCACAUUUCGGUUGUAAUAUGGACAAACCUGGUCGCAGUGAUAUGUUUUAAUAAUAAUGCUUUCAGCGUGUAAAUCCAUCGAUUUAUUUCAUCAAUACGGUUCUGGAUUCCUAACUUUUCAUAUCUUGUUAUAAUCAU